GUGGUAUAAAGGCAAACCACCCCAGCCAUCUGUCACUCCCACUGCCACUAUGCUGGCCUCAGAGCUCCUUCUGGUGGCUUUGUUCACCUGCCUGACAAUGAUGGUCUUGAUGUCUGCCUGGAGGCAGAGGAAGCUCUGGGGGAAUCUCCCUCCAGGACCCACCCCAUUGCCCCUCAUUGGGAACUACCUGCAGCUGAACACAAAGCAGCUGUCGGAUUCCUUCAUGAAGAUCAGCGAGCGCUAUGGCCCCGUGUUCACGGUCCACCUGGGGCCGCGGCGCAUUGUGGUGCUGUGUGGACACGAGGCCGUGAAGGAGGCGCUGGUGGACCAGGCUGAGGAAUUCAGUGGGCGAGGCGGGCAGGCCACCUUCGACUGGCUCUUCAAAGGCUAUGGGGUGACGUUCAGCAAUGGCGAGCGAGCCAAGCAGCUCCGGCGCUUCUCCAUCACCACGCUGCGGGACUUUGGUGUGGGCAAGCGUGGCAUUGAGGAGCGGAUCCAGGAGGAGGCGGGCUUCCUCAUCGAGGCCUUCCGGGGCACGCAAGGCACCUUCAUCGAUCCCACCUUCUUCCUGAGCCGGACAGUGUCCAAUGUCAUCAGCUCCAUUGUCUUUGGGGACCGCUUUGACUAUGAGGACAAAGAGUUCCUGUCACUGCUGCGUAUGAUGCUGGGAAGCUUCCAGUUCACAGCUACAUCUAUGGGUCAGCUCUGUGAAAUGUUCCCAUCAGUCAUGAAACACCUGCCAGGGCCACAGCAACAGGCAUUUAAGGAUCUGAAAGGUCUGGAGGACUUCAUAGCCAAGAAGGUGGAGCAGAACCAACGCACGCUAGAUCCCAACUCCCCGCGGGACUUCAUCGACUCCUUCCUCAUCCGCAUGCAGGAGGUACACCCC